AAAAUUUAUAAAAAUACAGUGCUUUCCUACUCGAUAACUUCCGUUUGGCGCUACAUAUCAACCUUGUAAACUAUAUGCUAAACGCAGCAGAUUGUCACAUUUGUGUCUUACGUUAUUCUUACCUUGUUUCAUUUUUUUGGAUAACGCAUAAAAUUACUACACCUGUAAAUCUUUGCUGGAUAGUUCACGCGCAGAUAGAACCAAAAUGUCUGCAUUUAUUGGAGCCCUACUAGAUGUCUCUGGAUCCAUGAAAAGUAGCAUUGGAGACGGUAUAGACGAAGAAGGCGGAACAUGGGCUCAUUCAAUAUUCAGAGUAGCAAAUGAUCUUGUAAAACACGACAUUUCAAGAUCCAAUCGUGUUUUCGUUAUUGGUCUUGGGGCUUUAUAUUCACAAGAAAGAUUCGACAUAAUCUCCACUGUUGAGCAGUGCCAGAACACAGAAGGCGGCGAAAUACCCCUUACGAAUUUAGAUAUAAAGGCUACAGAUUCAACGAUUGAAAACAUUUUUAUUUUAUUGGAACAGAAUGGUGCGCACACUAUAAGAAGGUGGGCAGAGGUAAAUGUAGUGAAGAAUGCGGUGUCUGAAUACAUGGCGACGAUAGUACUCAGAAAACUGAGAUCCGACAGAAAUUUCACGCAGAAGUUUGUACGCGAGGAUUUGCCCACAGCCUGUCGAAGUUGGGAACAGGUGCCUGGUGGGUCUUUCCUGCAAAGUGUUUUUUCUAUUGCCGUGACACCAUUCCGAAAUGCGACAAAGGGAGACAUCGAAGAGGUUAUCGCGAAGGCUUUAAUGAAAGGCGUUUGUGACCAGUCAGUAUACAAUGUCAAAGAUGCCGCUAACGUCCUUCAUGGAUGUCUUGAGGAAAGAGACCUUACGUCUCGGAGAGUCCGUGAAUUACUAAAGCUUGUGGAACCGUUCAUUUAUGGUAACACGCCGUUGUAUUCUGCUUUAUAUGACGCAUUUAGAUUAUUUCAGAGAUUGGAGAGAAGAUAUCCAAACCAUCAUAGGUUAUUGUUUGUCCUGUCUGAUGGUAAUCCAACAGAUUUCGGAAAUAUCUCCUCAAUACAGUCCGAUCUGAAACGAGCAGAGGUAAAAGUCGUGAGCUGCUACAUCUCUAGAUCGUCUCAUGUAGAACCUCGAAUGCUACCCAGCGUUGCUGAACGACGCUGGGAAGAAGGCGCGAAGUUUCUGUUUGAUUUGAGUUCGUACAUUCCAACAUCGUUAGUAACUAGGGCGAUAUUUAUUAAGAAUGGCUGGAAGAUUGAGAUAACUAACAACGAGACCAGGUUGUUCAUGCAUGUUAAUCACCCGGACAACUUAAAAGAUGUGUGCAACUUGGCACGAAAUGCCGUUUGUUGCCAGGAUUCCCUGUCAGAUGUGCUUGUGUCCAUCUCACUUGAUAUUUAUAUCAACCAAAGGAACCAAAACAUCGAGGUGCAUGAUCAAGGAAACGAAGGAACUUGCUAUGCUCACGCUGCGGCAACUGUUCUCCAUUUGGCAAUGUACAGAAUUCUCGGUCGCGACGAUGGGUAUCCCGAGUUUGAGGAGCUUCGGGAUGAUAUGAUUAACCGUCAUGGCAGACAUGGUGCGAAUACACUUCGAGUGCUAGAGGAAAUUUGCCCAAUGUAUCGUUUACGUUGUCGAGAGGUUGAUGUAAAUGGAGCCAUGGAAGCUAUAACAGAGAAACGGCCAGUGGUAGCCAAAUUUCGUCUUACCAGGGAAGAAUGGAACACGUUCCAUCGCUUUUACGAGCGCAACAGAACAGGAAUUCUGACAAGUCGCGAUUUGGACAUCUGUAGACGUAGAAGAAAUUCGGACACAUCUGGACAUGCAGUUGUACUGACAAGUUUUGACAGUGAAUGCUUUCGACUGAUGAACUCCUACGGAGAAGAUUGGGGCGAUACAGGUUUCUUUAGAAUAGAAAAUGCAGAAGUGCUUGACCUGAAAUUUAUUGACGUCUAUUGGGAAUCUGGAGACUUGUCUCAAAGAGAAAGGCGCUCUUACUCUCAACAUGGAACUGAAGUUGCUGACAAAUUGAUGAAAACACUGAAAGCUUUGCAAGUUGCGACUUUUACAUGUCCGUUGUGUGGAGCGGAAUCAAAUGUCAACGAGUUUAGGGGAACGUUAUCACGAGCCUGUUGUCCAAGAUGUAAUGGGACUUUUUCCAGCAGUCGUGGAGAUGGGAACAUCUUGGCACUGAACAUAUAUCUGACGUCCUUGAGCAGGUAGACAAGAAGCAUUUAAAUGCAACAACAAUAGUGUUAAUCCAUUUAUGAAGUGCGUCGUACGUAAAUGACAAUUAUCGGGUUGGUUCGGGGUUUGCAAAGUGGAAAGCUUGCACACUCAAUCUGACUAAAGUACUUGAUCUUCUAAACGAAGAUCUGAGAACGGCCUAUUCACAUUCGUCUUCUGUAUAUUUUGGAUUUCCAAUAUUGCUAUUUUUAUUUAAACCAAUCAGACGACUUGAUCGAAUGUCAGUGAAUAAGAAAAAUGUGCAGUCAUUCCAGGGCUCGAACCCAGGACCCCUCGCUUACAAAGCAAGUGGCCUACCGACUGAGCUAUCCGGCUAUCUGAUUCAUUACGACAUAAGAAUUGUAAAUAUCAAAAGUAAAAGCUACGGGUAGAUUUACAAAUUGUUGUAAGUUAAGCUCUGAUUGGCUAGCGAAAGGGUUGUCAGAACGAGGCCAUGAAUAGGUCGUUCUCAGAUCCUAUGCGUAGCGUAGUAGGAGAUGUACUUUAGUCAGAUUGCUUGCACACUAUGAGGGCUGCUAAAAAUAACGUAGAUUUUUGCUGUCAAAAGACGUCUAUUAGCAAUGUGAAGUAUGUAGCUGUAAUUUGCAAUUACUGUUUAAUUUAAUCAUAUACUUUUUGUAACAUUUUUUGCUAAUAUGCGAAGCACGUAGAACGUGCUAAUUACCAUAGCUACUCAUAACCGGCGCAGUUGCUUUUUCAUCUUGUAUAACUUGAAUAUUCGCAUUGAUAGUCAACUUGUUUACCUGAAAAUAUGCCAUAGUGCAGCAACACGUCAAGGCGACUUGCUCCAAAAAUAUGGUGUUAUUCGGAUUUCGUACCACUGAAAAUUAAUGAAAUGAUCUGGAACAUUUAAACAGGUUAUUUUAAUGAGGAUUUAGAUAUUGGCGAACUAGUGAUUGUUUGAGCACCACUAAACUAGAAGAAUUGUAAAUAUGCGAGUUGUACGUUUUCAGCUGUUGCGGUACGGUUGGUUUGAGGAAAAUUCCAUAUCAAAGUGCUUGAGCUUCAAGCUGCUAUCCUACUAGUAUUGACAUUGUUAAAUAACAACUAAACGAAAAUGAUUUUUUAGCUCUAAAUGCUUAUUAGCAUGUGUUUUGUAUGACUGAGUCUUGAAAUUCUACACAUGCAAACAUUGGGUGUCUUUUUAUGUCAGAAUGCUUUAUAUGUAACCUAGAGCUUUCAUUCAUAGUAUCUCGCACAUGUAACUGAGAGAUGACCAUGCAAAACGAAGAUUUAGUAAUUUGUCAUUUGUAAAUAUUCGUGAAUUUUAUUUCUAUUUUUCCCUUGUAGCAGUAGCAUGGAACAAUGACGCCUCGCAUUUUGGCCAAAUUAUGUCCCCUGUGAACUUAAAACUUCUUGUUAAAGUUUUGAAUGUUUCUAUCUCCAACACUAAUGCAGAUUCCGGGUUCAAACUUGAUUGAUAUUCUUACAUGUAGGGUAAUAUUCCUGCUUCUGUGACAACAAUUCGAAUAGUUGAGCAUUUGCUGUCUUACGGACAGCUCUUGUUUUAUUAGUAAAUCAUUGUCUGUUAGAUCAUUGCUGAAAGGUUUCUAAUUUUCGUUUUCCCAAGAUGGAGCUUAAAAUGAAUUUGUAAUAAAAUUGUUAACUUGC